AUGACUUCAAUCACAGAAACUAGAAUGAACCGAAGCAUUCCUGUUGAAGUGGAUGAAUCUGAGCCCUACCCAAUUCAGCUGAUGAAACUAUUCCCAGAAUUUUCCCUGGAAGAGGAAUUUGAACCACCUGGUCCAAAUGGUGGCAGCACAGCGCACCGUGGUUCAUGCCCACCGGAAGCCUGCAGCACUCCUCCAGCAGACUCUUCCCCCUCCAGUAAGGCCCAAGGGCCCACAAACCACCACCACUGGCUUGUAGAACAUCAGGACAGAUGUCUGCGUAAAAAGAUCCUAGAGGAGUGUGAAUACAGCUUCUGGAAGAGACACCCAGAUCCCAGGAAAGAAUUCCCUUCUAGUUCCUCAGCUGCCAGUGAGUCAGUGGUUGGAGCACUUCCCCCUGAGCAUCCGUUUUCAUUUAUGGAAAAACGAAAUCAGCAGCUGGGAUCUCAGCUUUCAGCAGCUUCUCCUGACACUGGCCAUGACUCAGGCAAAUCAGACCAAAGUUUACCUAAUGCAUCAGCAGACUCCCCUGGCAGGAGCCAAGAGAAUGUGCACAGACAGCAGCCCCCUGGGAACCGAGGGCCAUUGGAUUUGCCCACAGUAGACACUGGGUAUGACUCCCAGCCUCAGGAUGUCUUGGGUGUCAGGCAGCUGGAAAGGCCCCUGCCCCUGAUAUCUGGGUGCUACCUCCAUGACUUCCCCAGGCCUCUCAGGUCCAGAGAGUUUGUCCAGGUUGGACCUCAGAGGCACCCGCGAUGUGCACAGAUGCUGCCUCCUGAUCCUUUUCCACAUGCUCCGUGGAACUGUCAGUACCAAGGCCCAGGAGAGCCAGAUCACCACGUUCCAUUAUCUACUUUUAUUUCUCAAAGACAUUAUGUGUCUCAUAGUUUUCAUUUGGCAGAAUAUACAUUUUCCUUUAUCUGUUUCCUUCUCAGGGGUCAGAUAUAUAACCAGCCACCUAACCAAGUCGCUGCUCAGGAGGAUUCCUAUGAGUAUCCUGUUGACUACAGACCCCAGAUUAACCAGGUUCCUUCCCCAGCUGUGGUCCCAAGACCCCCCAGUACCCCUGCCAACAAAGGGACUUUGAAAAUAAGCAAUUUGCCAGAAGAACUACGAAAAGUCUUUAUAACCUACUCUGUGGACACAGCUGCGGAGAUCAUGAAAUUUGUGGAUUUUUUGAUAAGAAAUGGAUUUCAAACUGCCAUAGACAUAUUUGAGGAUACAGUCCGAAGCAUUGACACCAUCAAAUGGAUGGAGCAGUACCUUCAGGAUAAGACAGUGAUGAUAAUCAUUGCAAUCAGCCCCAAAUACAAACAGGAUGUGGAAGGAGCAGAGUCCCAGCUGGACGAAGACGAGCACGGCUUACAUACUAAAUACAUCCACAGGAUGAUGCAGAUUGAGUUCAUAAAACAAGGAAGCAUGAACUUUCGGUUCAUCCCUGUGCUCUUCCCCAACGCUAAGAAGGAGCAUGUGCCCACAUGGCUACAGAACACCCACAUAUACAGCUGGCCUCGGAAUAAGAAGAAUAUCCUGCUUCGGCUCCUGAGGGAAGAGGAGUACGUCCCUCCUCCAAGAGGGCCCCUGCCCACCCUGCAAGUGGUGCCCCUUUGAAGUGUCUAGGGGCAAAAGGUGCUGUUGCCCUCAUUUAGAAUGGAUGCCAGGGCAUCCCUGGGGUAGUGGAAGCAAGCCCAUGCUGAUGGCUGUUUCUUACUUGCUCCCUGGGCAAGGCAGCUGGUAACAUCUCUUGAGCACUCAUCCCACUGAGCAGCCACAUAGACUGACACUGACACUGAGGCAAAAGCAGCAGGUGCCUCCCUAAGUCCUUCAAUCUCCUGAUCACUGGGAUGUACAGAUUUUUUUUCUCCUCAAAAUCACUUAGGGCGCUUCCCUUAGCACUUUUGCAAACAGAUACUGUAAAUGAUACUGCAAUAACUGUAGCCUUUGACAAACAUCCCCUAUUUGCUUAAGGUCUCUUUUGCCUGUUUAGUCAUAUGUAUUUUUCUAUCCUUAAAACAAAAGGAUUCAUGUA